AUGCACGAGGUCAAACUGAUUAGCUCUUCCUCAAACUCGCCGUUUUCCUCGGACUUUGUGCUUCCGUUUUUCUUCCUCCCUGCCGUUCGCAAGGUCGAGGCGUCUGAUGUCGUCGAAGGAUUUUCACGAUCCGAAUACCGUACUCCCGAGGAUCCAUCCGAUCGUGUGCCGCAGGAUCUAUCUGAAAUCCGCAAUCUGAACAGUUCCGUCACUGAAAUCAGACUCCAAGGACACCCUCCGCACUCUUUGCCUCGGCUUUGGUGGUGUCCACAAUAUGAUGAGAGGAAUCGACAUGGUGUCUAUGUCCAUGGCUAUGAAUUGGACCAGCGGGACGAUACACCGUUUGGCUCGCUGAAAGAAUUCCAUGUCCUCCAGGACUUGUCGAUCCGGCAUGCCAACCUCGUCAAACAGUCAGAUCCUCAAUCUGAUAAAGACGAAAGUGGCUCUAAGUCUUUGGCUGAUCUGCUUCUCAGCUCGCUUAGAACCCUCGAGGUAAAAGACGUUGAGAAGCAUUUUGCUGGUCUGGCGUCUGAUCUAGUACAACUUGCCAACGACCGGGUUUCUUAUAUGCCGCAGCCUCAUAAAAUAAGUCUUCACAUAUAUGGAGAAGCCGAGUCUGUUAAAGACUCUGUCCAACUUCUGAGGAAAGCUUGCGAAGCUGCGGGACCUAGCGUGCCGGACCCUGAAUGAUGACACCUGCAUGCUUUUUAAUGUCUAUAAAUGUAUAUUUCGCAAUGGCCAUGUGGCAAACAGCCGAAGUAUACAGCAUGCAUAUAUAUAUAUAAUUAAGGCAACCAGGAAGGCCUUAUUUAUAACAUUGCCUUUUGUGGCAGCAGAAUUAAGCGAG